CCGCGCUCCUCCCGCCGGCGGCCUCUGCCCCCAGCCCCGCUCCCAGGCCGCUCCCACGUCGUUCCCGGAGCUCGGGGCGGGUCUGGGGGCACGGGCGCCCAGAGCGGCGUUUCCCAUCCUCCGCAGGUCUCCGCGGCCCGGCCCGAGCAUGCUGGACGGCCUGAAGGUGGAGGAGAGCUUCCCGGGCGCGAUGGAGACGCCGGCCGCCUUCUCCUCGCUGCUGGGCCGGGCGGCGAGCCCCAGGUCGGUGUGCGAGGGCUGCCAGCGGGUCAUCUCCGACCGGUUUCUGCUGCGGCUCAACGACAGCUUCUGGCACGAGCAGUGCGUGCAGUGCGCCUCCUGCAAGGAGCCCCUGGAGACCACCUGCUUCUACCGCGACCGCAAGCUCUACUGCAAGUACGACUACGAGAAGCUGUUUGCUGUCAAAUGCGGGGGCUGCUUCGAGGCCAUCGCCCCCAACGAGUUUGUGAUGCGGGCCCAGAAGAGCGUGUACCACCUGGGCUGCUUCUGCUGCUGCGUGUGCGAGCGGCAGCUCCAGAAGGGGGACGAGUUCGUGCUGAAGGAGGGUCAGCUGCUCUGCAAAGGCGACUACGAGAAGGAGCGGGAGCUGCUCAGCCUGGUGAGCCCAGCCGUGUCCGACUCGGGCAAAAGUGACGACGAAGACAGUCUCUGCAAGGCCGCCCACGGGGCAGGGAAAGGAGCGGCUGAGGACAGCAAGGACCACAAGCGCCCCAAACGGCCCCGAACCAUCCUGACCACCCAGCAGAGGAGGGCGUUCAAGGCCUCGUUUGAGGUGUCGUCCAAGCCGUGCAGAAAGGUGAGGGAGACGCUGGCUGCGGAGACCGGGCUGAGCGUCCGUGUGGUCCAGGUGUGGUUCCAGAACCAGCGAGCCAAGAUGAAGAAGCUGGCCCGGCGGCAGCAGCAGCAGCAGGACCAGCAGAACACGCAGCGGCUGAGCUCAGCUCAGACCAACGGCGGCGGGAGCACCGGGCUGGAAGGCAUCAUGAGCCCCUACACGGCCCUGCCCACCCCGCAGCAGCUGCUGGCCAUGGAGCAGGGCGUGUACAGCGCGGACCCCUUCCGGCAGGGCCUCACCCCGCCCCAGAUGCCUGGAGACCACAUGCACCCCUAUGGUGCUGAGCCCCUUUUCCACGACCUGGAUAGUGACGACACCUCCCUCAGUAACCUGGGUGACUGUUUCCUAGCAACCUCAGAAGCUGGGCCCCUGCAGUCCAGAGUGGGGAACCCCAUUGACCACCUGUACUCCAUGCAGAAUUCUUACUUCACCUCUUGAGCCUCCCCCAGAGCUCGGUGGCCGGGCUCCGUAUGGAACACCACACGCGGGAGGGCCGCUGGCUGCAGGGCUGGAGGCCGGGACGAGGCAGCGGGGGAGGGUGUCUUGUCGGAGAUGCUGCCGAAGGGGGUGGCUGGCAUUUCCAAAGACUGGAUGCAUAACAGAUCGCAUAGUUUAAUGUUUUAAUAAGAGUCUUAGCGUUAGGUUUGCAGGCGUGUUUGUCGCUGAAGACAGGGAUGUUUAAUGUAGACAUUGUCAUGCAGGCUAGAUAGUAGAGACCCUAACCGCUUCCCACCUCCUCAGGAAGCGCUUGUCAAGAGGUGCACACGUCUCUUUAUCCGUACAACCACGGCAGGCGGGCAGGCGGGCAGGCAGGGGUGUGAGUGACCUUUCACACGUCAUCUGCAGAGUCUGUGCCCGUGAUGGCAGACAUGCCUGGGCAGCAGGGGUGUGGUUAUUUUCAGUGUGAGCUCUAUUUAAGGAAACGCUUGAUGCACUUAAGUUAUAAAAUGAGAGGAAUUACUUUUAUAAACUUUAUUUCUCGUUGGAAGAGACCUGUGCAGGCAGGGAGGGCUGCUCCCGCGGCCCCCGGCUCCGAGCUCUGUCGUCAGCACCACGGCGAGUGGGCAGCAGCUCGGCGUGGCCAGCAGGUCCUCUCCUGGGCUUGGCCCUCUCGGGGGCCUGGCACUGGCCCGGGACAGCACAGUUCAUGGCUAUGCUCCUGGAGAGGGUGAACCCCAGUCCUUGUUCCUUCAAAAUUGUGACAUGUGGUUGUUGGUGGUGCCAGGCAGUCCGUUCUGCGCUUGACUGGCAUCAUCUGCAGGUGGGGUGAGGUCUGUAGUCCGUACGUACCUUAUGGGGGACCCAAGGCCUGGUCACCCCAGGACACACGGGCUGAGGCGAGUAUCUGAGGUUUGUUCAAACCACAGCCAGACCGGUCCCGGGGCGGAGGCGGGCCCUGGGCCUGCAGAGCUGAGGCUCCUGUGCCCUGAGAGCCGCGGUGCCAGCGCCCCUUCUGGGAAGCCAGGCUCAGACACCAGGGAGGGGGCUGUGGCUGUGGGCACAGGAGGGCAUCGUGGGGUUCCAGAUCAGGGGCAAGCCGCAGCGAAGAAGGGUUCCUAUGGUUUUAAAAGUUGUUAAAAGGGAAGGAGACUGCACGGAGUGUAUGUGGCCGGGUAAGGCCGAAAUACUGUCUGUACUUCUCACAUGUCGUGUGCUGGCCUGCCCUGGGCUCUGUUCCUGGGGCUCAUGGGGUCCAGGUGGGAGCCAGGGCUCCCCUUAGGCUCACUUUGCUGACCUGACCCCGAGGACCCCGCUGCCAUCACACAUGGGGGGGGGGCUGCCCCCGUCCUCCGGGUGCUGCUAAGAUGGGCUGCUUCUGUGCCGGGAAAGGAGCGCGGUGCCCGGGAAGGCGGUCCUCUGGGCCCUGCGAGGCCCGGUCCAGGCCGCUGCCUCCGGGGACGACGCCGCCAUCAGCCUUGGACCCAGCGCUCGCCCGUCACUCGGACCCAGGCAGGAGGGAGCAUGCCCUGGCGGCAGCGUCGUGGUCAUGUGAUAUUUGUGCUCUGGUUAAUAAUUUAUGCAACAAGCCUCAGCCAGCCCGGCGAGCGGACAGCAGGCGGCGCGGUGGGGCCACCGGCCUCGGUGGGAAGGUCCCCGGACAAGGCAGCAGGUCCCCUGUGAGUGAGCCGAAUAGAGGCCCCGUUCCACUCCUCCACCUUGCAAACCGAGAUGAAAUUAAAAACCUCUUACA